AUGUGGGUGGAGGUCAUUCUCAGCACAUUUUUCGUUCUAUUCACCCAGGCAGCUUCCCACCAAAAUCAUAUCCCAGUUGAAGUUGAAACACGUCUUGGUAAGAUCCGAGGUCAAGAGUCCAUAUUUCUUCACAAACGGGUUCGAUCAUUUCUGAGUGUUCCGUUCGCUGAACCUCCGACGGGUGAGCAACGAUUUCGACCGCCGAAACCGAAAAAACCAUGGAAUGAAACGAUCACAGCCAACACGCUGUCACCAGCUUGUUACCAGGUACACUUGAAACUUCGAAAACUU